AUGUUUGAGGUUUAUCAUAAUAAAUCAUCAGCCCCUGAUCUGAGGAAUGUUAGGGGAUUGCUCGUAGGGAUUUCCACUGGCACAGGCUGCCUCGCAGGUUCGGCAGCCAAACCAGGAGGGUACUAUUCCCGUGCGGGAACGGCGGAAGGCAAGAAAGUGUGGCACAUCAAUCUGCCGGGCGGCGGAUGGUGCACCUCUGUCGCCGAGUGUGUCGCCAGGAGCAAGAUGUCUCGCGGCAGCAGCAAGUUCUAUCCUCAAGUGCCCACCCGCAUUCCUCCCUUCCCCAUCUUCCAAGGCUUUCUUUGCAGCAACAGCAGCAUCAACCCACCCUUCCACAACUGGAACCUCGUUCGUCUCAUCUACUGCGACGGUGGCGGCUACUUGGGAACAGUGGGGAGGCUGGAUGUUAGCAGAGGCGCCGUUCUUUACAUGGAUGGGUGGAAGAUCAUUCAAGCGGUAAUUGCAGAUCUGAAGUCAAAGGGCGAAAUCCAAUCUGCAACGCACAUCCUCCUCUCGGGCACCUCAGCAGGCGGUCAAGCAGCCGUCGCCCUCUGCGAUCGCAUCGCUGCGGCCUUUCCCUGGGCGGCAACUAAGUGCUUGUGUGACUCUGGCAACUUCAUUGGUGAUACAGCUGGGCUGGGUGCUCCAGCUAGUAUCGCCCUCACCCCUUUCAGUAUCGCCCUCACCCCUUUCAGUAUCGCCCUCACCCCUUUCAGUAUCGCCCUCACCCCUUUCAGUAUCGCCCUCACCCCUUUCAGUAUCGCCCUCACCCCUUUCAGUAUCGCCCUCACCCCUUUCAGUAUCGCCCUCACCCCUUUCAGUAUCGCCCUCACCCCUUUCAGUAUCGCCCUCACCCCUUUCAGUAUCGCCCUCACCCCUUUCAGUAUCGCCCUCACCCCUUUCAGUAUCGCCCUCACCCCUUUCAGUAUCGCCCUCACCCCUUUCAGUAUCGCCCUCACCCCUUUCAGUAUCGCCCUCACCCCUUUCAGUAUCGCCCUCACCCCUUUCAGUAUCGCCCUCACCCCUUUCAGUAUCGCCCUCACCCCUUUCAGUAUCGCCCUCACCCCUUUCAGUAUCUCCCUCACCCCUUUCAGUAUCGCCCUCACCCCUUUUAGUAUCGCCCUCACCCUUUUCAGUAUCGCCCUCACCCCUUUCAGUAUCGCCCUCACCCCUUUCAGUAUCGCCCUCACCCCUUUCAGUAUCGCCCUCACCCCUUUCAGUAUCGCCCUCACCCCUUUCAGUAUCGCCCUCACCCCUUUCAGUAUCGCCCUCACCCCUUUCAGUAUCUCCCUCACCCCUUUCAGUAUCGCCCUCACCCCUUUCAGUAUCGCCCUCACCCCUUUCAGUAUCGCCCUCACCCCUUUCAGUAUCGCCCUCACCCCUUUCAGUAUCGCCCUCACUCCUUUCAGUAUCUCCCUCACCCCUUUCAGUAUCGCCCUCACCCCUUUCAGUAUCGCCCUCACCCCUUUCAGUAUCGCCCUCACCCCUUUCAGUAUCGCCCUCACCCCUUUCAGUAUCGCCCUCACCCCUUUCAGUAUCGCCCUCACCCCUUUCAGUAUCGCCCUCACCCCUUUCAGUAUCGCCCUCACCCCUUUCAGUAUCGCCCUCACCCCUUUCAGUAUCGCCCUCACCCCUUUCAGUAUCGCCCUCACCCCUUUCAGUAUCGCCCUCACCCCUUUCAGUAUCGCCCUCACCCCUUUCAGUAUCUCCCUCACCCCUUUCAGUAUCGCCCUCACCCCUUUUAGUAUCGCCCUCACCCCUUUCAGUAUCGCCCUCACCCCUUUCAGUAUCGCCCUCACCCCUUUCAGUAUCGCUCUCACCCCUUUCAGUAUCGCCCUCACCCCUUUCAGUAUCGCCCUCACCCCUUUCAGUAUCGCCCUCACCCCUUUCAGUAUCGCCCUCACCCCUUUCAGUAUCUCCCUCACCCCUUUCAGUAUCGCCCUCACCCCUUUCAGUAUCGCCCUCACCCCUUUCAGUAUCGCCCUCACUCCUUUCAGUAUCGCCCUCACUCCUUUCAGUAUCUCCCUCACCCCUUUCAGUAUCGCCCUCACCCCUUUCAGUAUCGCCCUCACCCCUUUCAGUAUCACCCUCACCCCUUUCAGUAUCGCCCUCACCCCUUUCAGUAUCGCCCUCACCCCUUUCAGUAUCGCCCUCACCCCUUUCAGUAUCGCCCUCACUCCUUUCAGUAUCGCCCUCACUCCUUUCAGUAUCUCCGUCACCCCUUUCAGUAUCUCCCUCACCCCUUUCAGUAUCGCCCUCACCCCUUUCAGUAUCUCCCUCACCCCUUUCAGUAUCGCCCUCACCCCUUUCAGUAUCUCCCUCACCCCUUUCAGUAUCGCCCUCACCCCUUUCAGUAUCGCCCUCACCCCUUUCAGUAUCGCCCUCACCCCUUUCAGUAUCGCCCUCACCCCUUUCAGUAUCGCCCUCACCCCUUUCAGUAUCGCCCUCACCCCUUUCAGUAUCGCCCUCACCCCUUUCAGUAUCUCCCUCACCCCUUUCAGUAUCGCCCUCACCCCUUUCAGUAUCGCCCUCACCCCUUUCAGUAUCGCCCUCACCCCUUUCAGUAUCGCCCUCACCCCUUUCAGUAUCGCCCUCACCCCUUUCAGUAUCGCCCUCACCCCUUUCAGUAUCGCCCUCACUCCCUCCACCCUUCAAGAAAAAGCUAGAUUUUGA